CUUGUAAUGAGUGAGAGCAGUAAAAUUACUGCAAAUAAAUACUAUUUUAAUAGGAGAAGAAGUUUAAAAGAAGAAGUUGAAGAAGGAGAAGAAGGAAGUGUGACACACAACAUUUCUCUCUCCUCCAUCAGUUUUUCCCUCAUUUCUCUCUCUGCUCUUCCCAAUACUCUCUCUCUCUCUCUCUUACUUUUCUUUUUCCCUUCAAUCGAGAGUUGUUCGCUUUUAUUCGAUACAAAUUUCGAAAUCGGAACCCACCACUGUACAACAGAUCCAACGGUUCUCUGAUUUUGUUUCUGUUCGAUUGUGAAAUCGAUUAUGUGUCGUCGUAUCGAGAGGUAGAAGAGAGAGAGAGGGGGGGGAAUGUUGGCAAUGGAGAAGGAAUUCGAUUCAAAGCUUGUCCUUCAAGGCAAUGGCGGAAGUGUCUCGAGAAGCAAGAGCUUCUCCUUCAAAGCUCCCCAAGAGAAUUUCACCAUCCAGGACUUCCAGCUCGGCAAGAUCUACGGCGUUGGCUCUUACUCUAAGGUUGUUAGGGCAAAGAAGAAGGAAAGUGGAACUGUGUAUGCGUUAAAGAUUAUGGACAAAAAGUUUAUCACCAAGGAGAACAAAACAGCUUAUGUGAAGCUCGAGAGGAUUGUUCUUGAUCAGCUUGAUCAUCCGGGAAUCAUCAAACUCUUCUUCACUUUUCAAGACUCCUUCUCUCUAUAUAUGGCACUUGAAUCUUGCGAGGGUGGCGAGCUUUUCGACCAAAUUACUAGAAAAGGUAGGCUAUCUGAGGAAGAAGCUAGGUUCUACAGUGCACAAGUUGUGGAUGCUCUUGAGUAUAUACAUAGUAUGGGACUCAUACAUCGUGAUAUCAAGCCGGAGAAUCUGUUGCUGACUUCAGAUGGGCACAUCAAGAUUGCGGAUUUUGGAAGUGUGAAGCCGAUGCAAGAUAGCAGGAUCACAGUGCUUCCUAAUGCUGCUUCUGACGAUAAGGCGUGCACUUUUGUCGGAACUGCUGCUUAUGUUCCUCCUGAAGUUCUCAACUCAUCUCCAGCAACUUUUGGAAAUGAUCUCUGGGCUCUGGGCUGCACUAUCUACCAAAUGCUUUCAGGGACUUCUCCAUUCAAAGACGCAAGUGAAUGGCUGAUUUUUCAAAGAAUUAUAGCCAGAGAUAUAAAGUUCCCUAGUCAUUUCUCAGAUGCAGCAAGAGACCUCAUUGACCGGUUGCUGGAUACUGAUCCAAGCAGAAGACCAGGUGCAGGGUCAGAAGGCUAUGCUGCCCUUAAGAGUCAUCCUUUCUUUAUGGGAAUUGACUGGAAGAAUCUAAGGUCUCAGACUCCUCCAAAACUAGCCCCAGAUCCUGCGUCUCAAACAGCAUCUCCGGAGAGGGAAGACGCUCAUGGUUCUUCUCCAUGGAACCCGACUCAUAUUGGAGAUUCUUCAGCUGCACAUAACGAUGGGCACAGUGCUCCUUCUACACCUUCUGAAUCAUCAUCGGGUUCCAUAACACGGCUUGCUUCAAUAGACUCUUUUGAUUCGAGAUGGCAACAGUUUCUGGAGCCGGGAGAAUCGGUCCUGAUGAUAUCAGCAGUGAAGAAGCUUCAGAAAAUAACGAGCAAGAAGGUGCAGCUAAUACUAACCAACAAACCCAAGCUAAUCUAUGUUGACCCGUCGAAGCUAGUUGUGAAAGGGAACAUCAUCUGGUCUGAUAACUCGAAUGACCUCAACGUUGUAGUCACUAGCCCUUCUCAUUUCAAGAUUUGCACGCCAAAGAAGGUUUUGUCAUUUGAAGACGUGAAACAGAGAGCUUUGGUGUGGAAAAAGGCAAUCGAGACUCUUCAGAAUCGCUGAGACAAGUAGUUUCUGUUGUUUCUGCAUUUUCUUUGUGUUUAUUUCCUUUUAAAGAUCAGAACUGAACAAGCUCGAUUCAUUACCGUAACAUUACAGCUCUAUAAAAUCAAAACUUCAAUUCAAAUCA